GGGAGCAUCGGGGGCUUGGAAGCGGCUGCGGAUCCCCUGGGUGCCCUCACAGCCGUGCUGAUGGCGGGGCUUUGUGCUCUUUUCUAGCACGUGGAUAUGGAAAACUCCUAUCUCUGUGGAUACUUGAAGAUUAAAGGCCUUACCGAGGAGUACCCAACCCUCACCACUUUCUUUGAAGGGGAAAUAAUCAGUAAAAAGCACCCUUUCUUAACACGCAAGUGGGACGCUGACGAAGAUGUGGAUCGUAAACACUGGGGGAAGUUCCAGGCUUUCUACCAGUAUGCAAAAACAUUUAACUCUGAUGACUUUGAUUACGAGGAUCUGAAAAACGGGGACUAUGUCUUCAUGCGAUGGAAGGAGCAGUUCCUAGUCCCAGAUCACACCAUCAAAGACAUCAGCGGUGCUUCCUUUGCUGGUUUCUAUUACAUCUGCUUCCAGAAGUCAGCAGCGUCUAUAGAGGGCUAUUACUACCAUAGGAGUUCAGAAUGGUAUCAGUCAUUGAAUUUAACUCACGUUCCUGAGCACAGUGCUCCUAUCUACGAAUUCCGAUGACAACUGUCCAGAACUGGUACCGCACAGAAGCAAACCGGGCAGGGGAGCAUGGCCUGCCAGGAGAACUGUGUCCCUGUCGGAGCACGGGAAUGCACGCUUCUCUCCUGCCCCUCGGACUCGUGAGAGAGAGCCUGAAUGUUAACCCACCCAGCCCAAGGAGCGUGGCUGCUGGAGCUUGAUUCUCCCUCCUGUCGAGUGGCGAUUUGAUCUUUAAUCUGAUUUUAAGAUACCUUUAAUGCACUUUUCUUAUUGCACAGCUAGUUUCUCUAUCACUGAAAUUCCUCCCAGCUCUCCUCUGGAAGCUGUAUCUCAGUAGCUGGAAUCAGUGGUCUGUCCUCUGCGUAAUAAGAAAAUAUAAGCCCGGUGCUUUUAUUUUCGUUGUUACGGCCUGACGUGGGUUGAAAUCGCCAGGACUCAGGUUUGUUGCCCCGGAUUGCCAGCUCUGAUGCUCCCAGAGCCAGGCGCAGUCGCGGGCGUGAGGCUCUGCUUGGCAGGCAGCCGCGCAGGCUGUCAGGGGAGAGCUGGCUGAGACGGAUGAGGCUUGAACGAGUGCUCGCUUGGCGCUGGCUACCAAGGCUAGCUGGAGCUGCAGAUCUUUCAGGAACGCUGGCCCUUCGGAGCUGGGAGCUCUCCCAGUGUCUGGAUACACCACUGGGAAUUAAUUUGUACGGACUUCCAGGCUCUCAGUAAAGUGGAUCUGAACUCUGCUUAUAGGUGUAUAUUUGCUCUUUACUUAAGUUAAGGGUUAUUAAAAAAAAAAAAGACUUUUAUUAAAAAAAAAAAUAUUUUUAUGGUUCCUUUUCCUAAGGACCCUAUGGCAAAUGCACAAUUACUCGAUUACAUUUUACUGUUUUCACAUUGAAAACUGGGAAUGUCUCUGUCAGUUUUUAUAUCCGUGUGUGUAAUCAGCUAGCCGCUUUGGGACAGUAACCGGAGGGCAAGUGUUGAGCAGGGACACCUCGAACUGUUCAGCAGUUGUACUCGACCUCCGUGCUACACCAACACCACUGCUUGAUACCUUUUUGCAAGGCAAAAGAAAAAAAAAAAAAAAAAAAACAAAAAAAAAAGAAUCAGUAGCUCUCCUGACUUUGAAAUGUUUCAAGUGAUAUAACUUAAGGCUUGUGUGCCAAAGUGUGCGUGUGUGUGUGUAUGAGUGUGUGGUUUUUUUUAAAGACAUUUUGAAAGUUGGCCUCGGUGGUGUAUUUAAUGUGACAGUCACACCUGCAGGGCUUUUGUGCGAAUUUAGUUUGCAUUUUUCUGGCUGUUUAAAACCCACCCCCCCUGAAGCAGGCUUGUGUCGCGCGCUGACCGGGCAGGCGUUGAGAACGGGUUUGCUGCCUGGGAGAGGAAAGCAAAACCCCCUGCGUACCUAGUGCUGGUUGUUCAGUUUUCCUUUAUUUUUUAAACCUCCUUCCUUUUGGCAGCACGUCUGGUAUUUCGCAGCAGCCGAGUUGUGAGCCUAAGCCUUAACAGGGACGCGUUGGGUUCUCAGCGAGCCCGUUUCGUGUGCGCCAAGCUGGGACCGUGCACGUUGGAGAGGUGGCGGGGCUGGUCUCGGGGGAUGACGCAGCACCACAGGCGCCCUUCUGUGGGCUGCUGGCUGCGGAUGAAUCCUUGUCCCCGGAGCAAGCUGCCCUGCUUGCAGAUGGAGGCAGGAGACCCGUCCCGCCGUGCUGGUGAUAAGGGAAGCGUGUGGCGUUGUCUUGGUCAAUGCAGGUAGAUUUGUAGCGUAGCACGAGCAGGGUUGCUGCGGAGGAGCUGGGGAAAAAGGGGGACCUUCUCUGCUGAUGUGAUUAGAGCAGCUUAGAAAUAAUUCCCCUUUUAUUGUGCUCCUGUGAGGGAAACUAAGCCCCUGCGGAGGUGAGGGGAGGUGUUUCAUGCGUGGGACUGGGAGAUGUCCUGGUUUUGGAGACUAAAACCAAUGGUGCUGCUUGGCUUAGAGAAGUGGAAGGGAGAGCUUUUGGGAACGUGGCUGCGUGGGUGCAGAGACCCUUCCCUGCGGGUUGCUCGUGGGUCUCUGGAGCUGCAUGUGGUGUCGGGGGUGAUGCCAGCUGCCCUGUGCUGUCCGUGCCGGUGUUACACUCGGGUUUCUAAUGCUGUUUAGUUGAAAUGAUUCUGUGGUUGUUUAUAGAAGCUGGGUUAGGAAGGGUCCUGGGGUUGUUUAGUGUGUAACUACCCCAGAAUUUCCCCUGAAGUUUUCCUCUGAGCCACUGAGACUUGGUAUGUGGAAAGAAGGGUGAGGAAGGAGGAACAUCCUUUCUCCGUCCCUCUGCCUGUCUCAUUCCAGCCGUCUCAAAGCACGUUUCAGCUGAAAUCCAAAAUUGCCAGAUUGAUGCCUCCGUAGGACGUGGAUUUGGAGCAGGUUGUGAAGCCAAGCUACCGGUGGUGGCAGCGGGAAGGCUUGAAGGGGCAGCCUGUGUUCAGAACUUCUCUUCUCUAAAGCCUUGAUUUUGAUUUUCUUUUUCUUUGAAUCGUUUGAUAAGCUAAAAAGGUGUUAAGUAUGUCACGUUGUGGUGAAAGACGACUAACCAGGUGAGGUUCUGGGAGAGGAAGUAAGAAAUGGGGUAUUUGAGUCUUCUGAAAAGGUUGCAAUUUCUUCUUUUUAACUAUGUUGGCUGAAGAAUUAGUAUAUUUAUGGAUGGAAUAUGGAAAAGGGACUGGAAGAAGUAUUUUGCAGAGCUAUCAACGUCCAAAUUAAAAAUGAAAUGUAUUUAA